AUGUCGCCGAGAGAUACGGGCUCGUCUUUCUUCCGUAAGGGCAAGGUGUGGCAUCCAGACAUGGGAUCCGCUGUGGUGUCAUCCAGCGGGUACCACCAGAUUGUGCUGGAUGGCUACUCGGACACCGAGCACACCCCAACUGGCAAGAGCAUCGAUUCAGUCCCCUUCACCAUCGGAGGAUACCGCUGGGUUCUCAACGGUCAUAUGGUUCUGGGGUUUGACAAACUUAUCAAAAGAAUUGACUUUGAAAAGUCGCGUCUCAUGGGAAAUAAUCAUAUCACCAUACAGUGUGACAUCAACGUCGUCGCGGACACCGGCGUCCCCGCACCGCUUCUUGAAGAGGUCCCACCAUCUGAUAUACGACAGCAUAUUGCUGAUCUCUUGUUGAGCAAGGAAGGUGCUGAUGUGACAUUCCAGGCGGAGCUCUUUGGCUCCAUGAAGGAGGGUGGCACUGCAUAUGUCAUACAGAUAAUUGACAUGGAAGCAAAAAUGUUUGGCGCCAUGCUUAGUUUCAUCUACACUGACUCGUUGCCCAAGAUGGAGACAGAUAGCAUGGACAAAGGAGAGGUGUCGGAAGGCAAAGGAGAAGAAUCAAUGUGGCUGCAAUCCUUGGUUGUUGCGGCAGAUAGAUAUGAUAUCCUGAGGAUGAAAUUGAUAUGCGAAAACAAGUUGCGAGAGUGCAUUGACGUGAGCACGGUGUCUGGCAUUCUAACUCUAGCUGAGCAGCACGAUUGCCCUGGGCUGAAGGAGGCAUGCUUGGAGUUCCUCAAAAUUCCUACAAAUUUAGAGAAAGUAUUGAUGGCUGAUGGCCUGGACCAUAUAGUUCGAACCUGCCCCUCCCUUGUCAAGGAGCUCCUGUCCAAGUUUGCUUCCUAAGCUUCGCUACAAUGGUUUGUUGUUGCUUACAUUUAUUCUGAUCAAAGUAUCUUGUGAAGUAGGAUGGAAGUGCUUUCUUAUUUGUCUUGCAUUUGUAUUUCACUUUUGUCGGAUUAUGUGCCUAUAGGAGUAUGUUGACUGAGAAAGACACUUUUAAUAAUUGCAUAAAUUAUGUCCUUUUGUCUUUGUGAAGAUACAUACUGAUAAAAACCAGAGGACCAAUAAGCUACGCAUUGCAUUUGAUCUUUAUCUGUAAUGCCCGAGGCCUCUACUGAAUUUUUAAUGUCCUGCUCAGACUUUGUGAAACCAUAACCUGAGGACUAAUAUGUUCCAGAUGCUGUUCAUAUUUAUUUCCAUAUGAUGUUUAUUGCCAAACCACCAAAUUCACACAUGCUCAAUGAUCUCCUAUCUUUUGUAAAUACGAUCUACCAGAGAUCUCAUGUUUCCUAUUAUGUCCACAUUUCAUUUAUGUGCAAUGUGUCAUUUUUUUCCAUGAACUUGGCUAGCUGGUCUUCUAAUCCUAUCUUUAUUUUUGUGUGUGAAGAAAAUCAUCAUCAGUUUCCCAAGGAAUGAUUAUGAUGGCUUCUGGACCAAGUACUUCAUGAAUAUGCAUAGUUUUAGGCAUGAUUAUGUGAUUGGUAUUCCCUUUUCUGUAAACUAUCAGCCGUGCUAUGUUAACUGUGGAGUAUC